AUGGACGCGGUGCUGCUAGAGCACUUCCCUGGGGGCCUGGACGCCUUCCCGUCUCCGUACUUUGACGAGGAGGACUUCUUCACAGACCAGUCCUCUCGGGACCCCCUGGAGGAUGGCGAUGAGCUGCUGGUGGACGAGCAGGCCGAGGUGGAGUUCCUCAGCCACCAGCUGCACGAGUACUACUACCGCGACGGGGCGUGCCUGCUGCUGCAGCCCGCGCCCUCGGCGGCCCCGCACUCGCUCGCUCCGCCACCCUCGGGGGGCCCCGGAGAGCCGGACGAGGGUGGCGGCGGCUACUGCUGUGAGGCGGGGGCGCCCCCGGGCGGCUUCCCCUACUCGCCCGACUCGCCACCCCCGUGCCUGGCCUACCCGUGCGCCGGGGUGUCCGUGCUGUCCCCCGGGACCCGGCUGCGCGGCCUGAGCGGGGCGGCGGCGGCGCGACGGAGGCGGCGGGUGCGCUCGGAGGCCGAGCUGCAGCAGCUGCGACAGGCGGCUAACGUGCGGGAGCGGAGACGCAUGCAGUCCAUCAACGAUGCCUUCGAGGGGCUGCGCUCCCACAUCCCCACGCUGCCCUACGAGAAGCGCCUCUCCAAAGUGGACACGCUGCGCCUGGCCAUCGGCUAUAUCAACUUCCUCAGCGAGCUGGUGCAGGCCGACCUGCCACUGCGCGGCGGCGGCGCGGGCGGCGGCCGGGGGCCUGGCUGUGGCGGGCGCCUGGGUGGAGACAUCCCCGGCAGCCAGGCCCAGAAAGUCAUCAUCUGCCACCGGGGCACCCGGUCCCCCUCCCCCAGCGACCCGGAUUACGGCCUCCCUCCCCUUGCAGGACACUCUCUCUCAUGGACUGAUGAAAAACAACUCAAAGAACAAAAUAUUAUCCGGACAGCCAAAGUGUGGACCCCAGAGGACCCCAGAAAACUCAACAGCAAGCCUUCCUUCAACAACAUAGAGAACGAACCGCCCUUUGAGUUUGUGUCCUGA